CCUAGUCCAUCAGCAAUGGUCAUGCAUUAGGUACUUGUGGACAUCAAAUAAUCCAUGUCUGCUCCUAAUUCCUAUUGUAUAGCAACUGCUUUGACAUCAAUCACCAUUUUCCAGGUUAGCACAAGCUUUCCUGAGAUGUAAAGAUAAAGUCAAAAGUGUGAAGAAAAGAGAAGAUAUCAAGACGAUAUGUUUGGUAUGCAAGCUCAGCUCCUUCUUGCAACUCUUUGUGGUUUACUUUCAGUAGUAGUUUAUUAUGCCUAUUGGAAUUUCAAUCCUACCAGGACUGCUAAUAGAAAAGAUGCUUCUAAUUUUGUUGACAUUCUGGGAGGUCAACUAAAAGCAGACUUUGGCAUAUUUGCACUUGUGCCAUGUGAGCUGAAUAAUACAACUGCUUUUAAAUCCAGUGAUUGCUCUUGUGCCAAUGAACAGUCGGCUGGGAGCUGUGUAUGCAAGACUGUCUGCAUUCUCUGGAAGGAGAUCCCUGAUUCACUGGUCUUGAAAUCUAUUGUCAAAUCGAUUUCAAAGGACGUGAAGUAUUCGACGUCAAAUAAGUCUGUAGCAGCUGAAACAAUAGCUCAUUUUUUCAUAACUCUGCAACCUGAAGGAGUGCUGCAUUUUGCCAACUGGUUUCUGCAAGCAGAUGGGUCCUGGUGGUUUGAUCAGCUACCUCAUAACAUUCUGCCAUUUACCGAAUCCAAUGAUGGAUUUUUCGUCGGCAAAUACCAGGGAUGGAUGCCCAGGUUCCGUCUGGCUGAUAGAAGCAAGUCUUCUGUACUGUCAGAGCCAGCCGACCGACCCGCCUUCGUUCGUCACUUGCUCUCCUCCCGGUUCAUCCCUUGUGACCGGGAGAGGGCACACCAGUUCCACGUAACUGAGGGACGAGACGCGUCCGCAGACGCCGAGCGGUUCCGACACCGUGCCUGGCGUCUGCUGGCCGCUGCUGCAGCCGCUCUGGACGAGCUCGAGGCGCCCUUCUGGCUCAGCAGUGGGACUUGUCUAGGCUACUACCGGCAGUGCGACUUUGUGCCUUACAUGGGGGACGUGGACAUCGGCGUACGGAUCGACUCUGUCAGCGACUGGGCCGGGGAUGCCAGACUGCCGAGCCUCGCACAGAUUGUCGAGGCGAUGGCCGAGCGGCGUCUGCGCCUGGUACACCGGUUCGGACUGCCUGAAGACAGUCUGGAGCUGAGUUUCCGGUCGCCGGAUAACAUCAAGCUGGAUAUCUUCUUCUUCUAUGAGGAGGGGGACAUCCUGUGGAACGGUGGAACGCAGGCUCGAACUGGCAAAAAGUUCAGGUACGACUUUGCCGCGUUCGAGCUGUGUUGGACCGAGUUUCGAGAGCUGCGAGUUCGCGUCCCGUGCGACACCGAGCGCUACCUGAUCUCUAACUACGGGCCAGAGUGGCGCGUGCCACAACCCGUCUGGGAUUGGAAAAGCAGCCCGCCCAAUGUGCGCGAAAACGGCUACUGGACGCCAGAACAGAUGGAUGAAGCUGUGCAGUUGUUGGAGCCGUGAACCGUGCCGUUGUUGGAAUCGUGAUCUGUGCAGCUGAUAAGACAGUUGGUGGUUUUCCAGUUUCGGUUUGAGGGGACCUGUGAUGAGUCGUAUCGACUCUGUAUAAAGAAGUGGGAUUGAUGCUGGGCUGUGAUGCUCUGUACAGUCUGUCUUAAAAGUACCGCGCAAAGUGACGGUGGAUCCAUCAAGCCUGACCGAGGAAGGGCCUGCUAAAAUUUGAAAGUCACCGAACCAAUGGAGCUGGGGAAUGGACGAGGAUGUCCAUUGCUUCGGUGACUCAAAUUUGGCAGUCCUUCAUCGGUCAGGCUUGAUGGAUCCACCGUCACUUUGCGCGGUACUUUUAAGACAGACUGUAGGGCGAUUAGACAAAGCAGUGUAGUCUCAUGAAGCAAUGAAGCCAGGGAAUUAUCGUGUCAUGCGUUAUAGUGUCGAAUUGAUUAGUUUUGAUAGUGUGAUGGCUCAGUUGUGAUAGUGUGAGUGGGAUAACAUUGCACGUAAUUAGCAUGCUGGAUAAUGAAAAGCAGGGCCCUGUUUUUAGCCAUCUUGUCAUAAAUCUUUGUACGACGAUGUCCCCUUUCCCAAGUCGAGAUCUGUGACGAUGAGACUAGCUCGUGUCAUGUUCUGGAGAUUGGAUCCCGAAACCUUUGACGUUUUGUCGGGCUGGUGGAGUGACAAUGUAUUUUUUGAAGAAACGUGGUUUGAUGUGUCGUCAGCGAUGAAUUACAUAAUGUUUUGCAAGUGUAAUGUCGACUGAUGAUAAGAGAUCACCUUUUGUUAUGAAAUAUUCGUGUGCAUGUCAUACAUAUUAGAUAGCUUGCGAAAUGAGUUCGCCUAAUGCAACAUUCACUGCAAAUAUAUCAUUGUUUAGUAUCUA